AUGAGAGCCGACCACUAUCAAGAGUUAAUGGAUCGUGGAUGGAGACGUUCUGGGAAGCUCUACUACAAGCCUGACCUGUCACGGUCGUGCUGCCCGCCUUAUACCAUCCGACUGAUGUCGUCUGAGUUCAAGGCUACCAGAGAACAACGCAAAGCCAUUCACCGGUUUAACCGUCAUGUUCUUGGGGCGGAGUAUAAGCGCAAAGCCGCUAUGCUGUGUCCCGUGCCUCGAGAGCUGAAACGCCAGAAGCGAGACACGUUCGAUCUCCCAGAAGCAAUCCAUCUCUCGGAAUACCCCAAUGUUCAACGUCCUGGCAGCCGCAAAUCUGGGGCGCCAAUUGAGCCCGCUCACAAGUUCGAGGUCAACCUUGAGGCAGAUAGCUUCUCCCGGGAAAAGUAUGAUGUCUUCUUUCGGUACCAGAGACAAAUUCACAAAGACCCUGCAUCGCGGUGGCCUGAAUCUGCAUUCAAACGUUUCUUAUGCGGCGGUCUAGACCGAUCACUGGUCGAGAUCGGAGGCAAGACGAAGAAACAGGGGUCCCAUCAUCAAUGUUACCGUCUCAAUGGCAAACUGGUGGCGGUGGGCAUACUAGAUCUCUUGCCGCAUGCGGUGAGCUCGGUCUACAUGAUGUAUGAUCCCGACUAUGCACAUUUCGAUUGGGGCAAGAUCACUGCGCUUCGAGAAAUCACUCUAGCAACCGAGGGCGGCUACGGUUACUACUACAUGGGGUACUAUAUCCACUCAUGCAUCAAAAUGCGGUACAAGGGCGAGUUCAAGCCCAGCUACUUGCUUGAUCCAGAGAGUUUGGAUUGGAACAUCUUUGAUGAGGCUUACCGUCAAAAGCUCGAUGCACAGCGGUAUGUAUCUCCGUCAAAGGAGCUCAGAGCUCUUCCUGUGGAACCUUCCGGUGCCCUAGAGGCCGCAACCGACUUGCCACCAGCAGAAGCAAAGAAUGAUGACACCACAAAAUCCAGAGCAGCCACGUUCGCCGACGACCAGGAUUUGGAACUAGACGAAGAAGACUCUGAGAACGAAGAUGCGGAAAUCCCUCCUGGAACUAUGUUCCAAUACAACAUACCGGGCGUCCUGACCAAGGACCAAGUGGCUGAUUUAGAUCUGGGUAAAUGGAAGCUGAUAAUUCGGAACACUUUGGUUGAUUUCGAGGCAAGUUUACAGAACCGUCACGACCUCCGAGAUUGGGGGCAGUGGCAGCUGGAUGAUCCAGGCUCGAUCAAGGGCAUUGCUGCGGAACUCGUCGCGGCUACGGGACCGCGGCUCUUGCAGCACUCUGCACUAUCUCUCUUCUGA